GCCGCGCCUUCCCCUGGCGGCCGCGCCCCGUCUCACACGUGCUGCACGCCGCCGCGCUCGUCGCCGCAGACGGCACCACCACCGCCUUCCGGGACGUCGACGCCACCAUCGCCGGGCUCUACUUCUCCGCGCACUGGUGCCCGCCGUGCAAGGCGUUCACGCCGCAGCUGGUGGAGACCUACCACAAGGUGCGAGCCCGCGGCCACCGCUUCCAGGUCAUCUUCGUCAGCUCGGACCGGAGCGCCGAGAGCUUCGAGUCGUACCUGUCGACGAUGCCGUGGCUGGCGGUGGCCUACGAGGAGGCGGAGACGCGUCGCGAGCUGGCGGCGCUGCUGCGCGUCCAGGGCAUCCCGGCGCUGGUGCUGCUGCACGCCGCCGACGGCAGCGUCAUCACCGACGACGGCCGCGCGCUCGUCAACGACGACCCGGACGGGCUGGAAUUCCCAUGGCAACCAAAGUUGGUGAACAUCUUGACAGAGAGGUAUGCUGCAAGAAUACAUGACCAUCCAGCUAUUAUCCUAUUUGUUGAGGGGGAAGAAAGUGAAAUGGAGUUUGCCGAAGCUGUUCUGUUGCCUGCAGCUGAGGAAUAUGAUGCAGAGCACCGGCUUGAUGACACUGAAGAUAGACUCCAGUUUUUCAUUGGUUGUGAUAGUGAUACGAGUGACUUACUCCGUGAACUGGUGGGCAUUGAUGAUGCUGUACCCCUACUUGCUGCUGUGGACAUUCCUAGUGGAAGACUGGCGGUUAUGGAAGAUGGUGCUGAGAUAACUGAGGACUCUGUCCGGCAGUUUGUUGCAGCUUUCUGUGAUGGCUCUUUACCCACGGUUGAUAUAGGAUCUCCACAGGAUCAGGAAGAGGGACAACUUGUAGAGAUAGGGCAGUGUUAGAAAUAGAAUCAGCAAAAAACCUUUUGGAUACACAAUGUAACUACAGAUAUAACUGAAUCGUGUGACUUUGAGCUGAGUAUUCCAGAGGCAAGUAAAUCAGAUCAACAGUAAAAUUAUGCAGCAAGAAAAAGUACAUACGAUUAAUGGACAGCAUUUCAUAAGAUUUUAUUACAAAUACUGGAUUAUACUGCUCUAUAAGCUUAUCUUAACACUCUUUGACAUAUGAAAAUAUCUUUUACAGUAAAAUGUCUUUCACAAUAAAAUGAAAGAAUUAAGCUUAGACAGUAGUACGGUAACAUGGCAAAAUGAAUAAGGCAUGUUUCGGUAAUCCAAAAUUCAGUCAAGUUUAUUUUUAAUUACAGAAGAAUGAGAUCGAUGAUCGUUAAUGGCUGAAAUGCAGUUAAAUGACAAAAAAUUGUUUCUCUUUCUUAGGAGUAAUAAGGUAUAUUAACGCCUUUGGUAAGCAAGGAAUCAUAGUAAUAAAUCCAGAAUAAACUUUCAGUAACAUUAUAAAAUUUUAGUUAUUUCAUACCACAAACAAGAAGACUAUUUAAACAAUGUAGCCCAUAAUUAUAAAAUUGCAAAUGUUAACAACAGAUACAGUAUUUUAAAAUGUUUAUUUUAAUGAAUUCUUUUAUAAAUGAACCAAAAUAUAUGUACCAAAGAUAUCUAUAAAGGAUGCUAUAGCACUGUCAGUGAUAUUAGCUGCUGUCUUCUACAUUCAUGUUGCAUCAUGAUUUUCAAAUGAGAUAUUUCAGACAUAGUUGUAGCCAUCUUUCAGUUUUCUACAUGAAUGGGACUCCAUGACAUUUGUAAGGAAUGGAAUAAAAGUAUCAUCUUUAAAA